AUGCAUUCAAAUAUUCUCCCCGUCUUGACUAGCGUAGCGACGCUGCUAGGCCUUGUCCAAGGUCAGAGCCAGCAGCCGUAUCGUGACUGGGCAAAGGCAUAUGAAGCAGCAGAGACACUUGUGCUGCCCUGGACAUUAGAGCAGCAAGCCAAUAUCUCUGUCAGGGAUGGCACGGCGCCGGGCUUUGUGCCGUUUGAGCCGAGUGACGGAGUCCGCUCGGUUCAAGGCUCUGGGAAGGACUACGACAACCCUGCGAUGCGGACCUCCAGCAAUCUAGACGACCGAACCCUACAUGAGCUCUACCUCUGGCCCUGGAUAGACGGUGUUGCGAAUGGACUGGGUUCCGUUAUGUGUGUCAUGAACCGCGUCAAUGGAAUCAUUGGCUGUGAAAAUGAUCACAUUAUGAACGGCAUUUUGAAGAAUGAGACCGGUUUUAGAGGUUUCAUCGUCCCUGAUGUCACUGCGCCUGUGGACAAGGCUGCCGGCCUGCUUGGAGGGCUUGGCUGGAACUCAGGGUACUCCGUCUCGGAGAUCAUGGCUGCUGUCAAGAACGGAAGUAUCCCAGAAAGCGUCAUGACUGAACAUGCGUUGAGAAUCGUGGCCACGCAGUUGAACCUCCUUCAGCCACCUGAGGAGUACGCAUUUCCUGUUGAGACGGCCGACCUCAACGUCCGAGACCCCAGCAGCAAAGACUUCAUCCGCAGAGCCGGGUCCGAGUCAAUCGUCCUGCUCAAGAACAAAAACAACACCCUCCCCCUCCGCAGCCCGAUGUCGCUGGGGAUCUUUGGCAAAGACGCGGCCAAUCUCGCCACGGGACCGACGCCGCAGUCGGACUUUUCUAACUUCGCAGGCGAUACCUAUGAUGGACACCUCAUCACUGGAGGUGGCAGCUACUCACCAGCUCCGUAUGUCGUGUCUCCGUUAGACGCCCUCACGGCGAGAGCCGCAGAUGGCCAGGGCUUUGGUUACAAAUACAUUCUCUCAGACAACUGGACCGUCACGCCUUCCGAGUCUACUGGGGAAGGGUUCUUCCAGACCUCUGGGGUAUCCGUUUCGCAGUACGCUAGAGAGUCAGAGCACUGCCUCGUCUUUAUCAAUGCCUUUGGCAAAGAAGGCUCAGAUCGACGGACUCUUGCUGACGAGACGGGGGACAAGCUGGUCAACGAUGUCGCCGAUUACUGCGGUAGCACGAUUGUCAUCAUAAACAAUGCCGGGGUUCGGCUUGUAGACGCAUGGAUUGAACAUGAGAAUGUCACUGUAUUCACCGAUUUAAUCCCUUGCUCAAAUCAGGUGCACACUAACAUGUUUUGCUUCCCAGGCUGUCCUGAACGCAGGCGCUCUCGGCAGGAAAGUGGGCACGCCAUCGUCGAUGUCCUCUUCGGCGACGUCAAUCCUUCAGCCAAACUCGUCUACACAAUCGCAAAGAGCAAAGAUGACUAUAACGGGCAAAUAUGCGAGUGCUGUGAAUGCGACUAUACGGAGGGACUCUACAUCGACUACCGGCAUUUCGACCAGGCAGGGAUCGAGCCGCGGUUUGAGUUCGGGUUCGGAUUGUGUUUCAAGUCUGACGGGAGAGCGAAUAUUGCAGCUUACACGACUUUCACCCACUCCGACUUGACAAUCAACCCCAGCACAGAUAUAACAACACUCCAACCCUAUGCUACAGGCCCCAUUACAGAAGGCGGUCCCUCCGAUCUCUUCGAGCAGAUCCUCACCAUCAGCGCCUCAAUUAGCAAUACCGGAGGAGUUGCUGGAGCAGAAGUAGCACAGCUGUACCUUUCCUUCCCAGAUGCCGCUAAGGCACCGGUUCGACAAUUGCGCGGGUUCGAGAAAGUCUACCUUGAGCCCGGCGAGACGAAGUUUGUCAGCUUUCCCAUUCAAAGAAGGGAUCUAAGUAUCUGGGAUGAGCAGACAUCGAAGUGGAAAAUCGUCGGUGGAAAGUACGGUGUGGUGCUGGGGAGGAGUAGCCGGGAUUUCACGGUCGAGGAAACGCUGGAACUUUUGACCAUUUAA